GAUGAGGAUGUUGGGAUUGGAAAAGUUAUCAUUAUGGCGUCUACUUUGCCUGUAGAAGCAAAAGUAGGGUUUCUACGUUCUUUAUUUAUUAAUCGUUGCCCUUGAACAAAGGCUCACUGACCGCUUUUUUGCUUUAAGUAUUCGAUGUAGUUACCAAUUGUCAAUUAUAUGAUUUCCAUGUGGACGAGUUUUGCUGUAUUGAUUCUUCAUUCUCCCUGAGAAAAAGGUUACAAAUAUGAGUCAAGGAAACGGUAGGCGAGACAAAGGUGGUGGCUAUGCCAAGAAAAGACGGCCUGGAUAUGAAUUAAAUCAAAGUCAAAGGGGAUGUGCACCAGGUGAUUCAUUGGCACAACUCCCUUUUCAACCUUCAGGCAUGGCUAAUCUUCCAGCAAAACCAUUCAUGUAUUGGCACCAAAGAGGAUACCCUCCCCCACACAAUUUUAGGAACAACCAUGGUCCACAGUUCCCAGGACAUCAGGUUUUUAUGCAACAUCGGCCAUUUGGAAAUAAUAGUGGCCCGUUUAGAAUGGGAGUGUUCCCUCAUCAUUUCCCCCCAAGAGGUCACCCCGGUGUAGAGCACCGCCAGCCUGCAUAUUUUGUCAGAGAGCAUGCGCAUGCACGAGGGGGAUACAAUGUCCACCAAGAUCGACAGUGGGGCAGGUCCAAUUCAGAUGGUUGUGACACUUCAAGGGGGGAUAACGGCUAUCAUCGAAAUGAUCAAGGUGCUCGCCCAAAAACAGGGAAGUAUGGUGGUGUGAAAAGAUACCAUUACAAGGGGAAGAAGAACUCUAACAAUUCUUCAAAUGUUCCCUCAAAGACUGAUACAUCUGAUAAUAUGACAACCCCACGCAAUCUGAGUGGUUGUGAGCGCCGAGAUACUCCUACUGAAAACAAAGCUGAUUCUGAGAUAUAUGAGACAGCACUUGUGUCUGGUGGUGCUGGGAACUCUAGUGCAUGCAAAAUUGAUUCAGUGUGUGAAACAAAUUCAAUUGAUUCUGCUUUGGAAGGAGCUGUUGGAGGAGUAGACACUUCUCACGCUAACAGUAAUCCGUUACCAGACCCCAACCCCAACCCCAUGACUGGUCUGGAUAACAAUUUGAUUGAUGAAGGUGCUAUCUGUGAUUUAGACCGGAUGUUCCAGAGCCAAGAGUAUUCUCGAGUCAACGGACAGUGCUUUGAAGAUCUUGAAGAUUCAGAAUCUGAUUUUCAUCCUGGACGUUCAGAAAAUGGGGUUUGCAGUGUAUCUUCAGAUGAUGAAGAUUCUGAGUUGGAUAAUUGUGAGUAUACCUUUAGAACAGAUCAUAUUGCAGGAAGAACAAGUGCUGUGGGUUUAUUUCCCCAGGCAGAUAUGAACUCACUUUCUUUAAAGUUAGGUUCUUAUGCUCAUGGCAAAGAUCCUUCUAAAUCUUGCAAAACUCAAGAGACAAGUAGUGGUCUAUGCAGUUGGAAUGGUCCAAACUGUCAUCGUGAACCUGCUGAGAGAAAUGAGGGAAAUGUAGAGAACUUUGAGGAUGGAGAGGACACUGGGGACUUUAUUGACACUGACUUGCCUUCUCAUAAUAAACAUCUCCUUUCUAGUUCUGAUGAGAUGGAUAAUAAUUCUUCCAGCAGUGAUCACGAUGAAGAGGAUCAAGAUGAGAAAUUUUUAGGAAGAAAGAAAUGUGGAUCAGAUUUCAAUUGCAAUGAUCUUUCUUCCAUUGGAAAUAAAGUCCAAAAUGAGUUUGAAGAUCUAUUAAUUUGUGAUGACAAUUCUGGUAAGUUAUUGUCUAGUCAUAAACAGUGUUCAGCUACUCAGGAAAAACUCUUUCGUUCUCUUGGAGAUGAGCAUAUAUGUGGUGCCAGUCACAAUGUUGGCCGAUUGACACCUCCUCGGAAGAGUGCUAAAGACGAUGCACUUUGUAGCAGUAGUGAAAGUGAAAAUGGUGACCAUGCUCCUUUACAUCCAGGCUUGCCAGAUCUCUGUCUGGGAGUUGGUGCACCUCACGGCUGCGAGGACUCUGUUGUUGACGGAGCGGCAGCGUCACAGCUGUACGUUGAUGGAGAUUCCCUGGCUUCUGUGUGUUUCCCAGGAGCUGACUGCGAGCUCCCUCCUUCCUCCCCAUCCUCUCAGUGCUUCCACUCGAAUCUGUUCUGUCCAUACUCAAUCAGUGGUCGAGGCGAGGACAAGAGCCGUAGUAACAGAAGCGGCAGCCAUGGCCACCCCAGCCCGUGUCGAGGUCACGCAGCCCUGACAGCGAGCAGUGAACUGUGUUCCCAUGGUCAUGGCCACAUAGCCAACCCAGACUCAGGGAGCCCGUCAACUGCAGCAGAUGGAGGUGCUUGCUGCCCUUCUUCGAAUCCCCACCCACGACUGACCAACGUAAAUGACCUUAACAUUUUUUGCCACCAUAGUCAUAGUCAUGUCGCUAAUGGCUUUAACAGCGACAGUCCACGUGCCAACUUUAGUAAUGAUGAGAGCAAUCGUCACCAGAAAGUGUUUGUGAAGUUUCCCAUUGAUACUAAGGUAGAUGAAGGAUCUGAGUGUCAUUCUGCCUCUUCUGGUGAUUUUGAAGAGCAGGAUGGAUCUAGUCUGUCGGGAAAAAAGAAAGACAAGGGCAGUAAUUCCAGUGGUGGAUCAGAAGAUCCUUUGUGUUCUGAGCUGGGUGACAAUGUGGACAUGGUGUUGUUGCCUAUGGAGGAGGAGAUCGAGCCUGUUCACCUGGGUGGCCUCUGUGCUGGUGGUGGGGUUAUUGGUGGGAGCCAGGAUGGAGACGACCUGUACGAGCAGCACUUUGGCAACUCUGCGCAUUUUGCUGGAGGUUUGGGCAGUGGGAGACCUACAAAUGUGCCGCAUGGGUUUGAGGACCAUCCUCACCUUCUGUCCCAAGAUGAGAACCCUCUGGGCAGUGGAAUGCCUAGCAAAGAGUUCUAUGAACUCAUCAAGACAGUCAGCACCACUGAGACGUGUAUGAGAUUCUUUGACAAAGAUGGCGUUGAUGUCCAGAGACAGCCCCUGAAUGCUCUUGAUGAUGAGGGUGACGAGAAGGAGGAUGUAGCCUCUGGUGGCCAGGGUUCGAAGACAGAGCGUCUGAAGGUGGACAAAGUAAUGAUCUGGAAUGAGUAUGAAGCCUACGUCAUGCAGUUCAAGCAGAUAGCUGUGUCAGCAUGUGGCCAGACAGCUGUACUCAAUGUUCUUAAAGCUCUCAAUAUUCCCUGUGAAAAGGCCUCUGUGUGCAAAAUAAUCAAGACAAGUCUACGGAAAGAAGAUGCUUGCAUCCCGGAAUAUUUGUUUUCAAGAGCUUGUGCAGGUACCACAGCAGAAGAGCUCAUGGCUGGUGUGGAGCAACUGAGCCAGGGAGAAGUAGGAGGUCGGUUCUUUCACUUCUGGCCUCCUAGGAAAGUGAAGCUCUUGCAGUGGCUGGCUUACUGGAUGAACAGAGGUGCAAUCCCUAUGGCAACACUGAACCUCCAGCAAGGCCCUCACUCAUUAUGGCAAGUCCCAGACUCAUGGCAUCAUCAGAUGGUCUAUGGAGUCAGUCCGCAGGGACUCUAUCUGACCAACCCACUGGAGAUAGUCUCUGAACGAUCAGCAAUGCGCCAACUGUGCAGCGACUCUGUCCUGAUGGUCAGGCGCCAAGAUGUCAUCUCUCGCUUCAGAGAGAGUGCUGAUUUGCGCAAGUUGCUCUCCCACUCAGACCCAAGGUGGAGGACCAUGAACGUCCUGGGUCAGGUAGUGAAUGUGCUAAGAGAGUUCAACCUGCCCACUGUGCCGGGAUAUCGCCUUCAGGUUACCUCCCAUGUGAGCAUUCCCGCCUCAUACAAAGCCGGCAUCACGCUGUUCAUGCGGAAGGACAAGGCAGCCUGGGCAGGCCUGCUGAAUGCUCCUGAUAUCCCGCUGGAGCAGUGAGAAUUUCUGUACCUGGGUUAUAGAAAGCUUUUCCCUCUCUCUUUUUAAAGUGAAAGUAUUUUUUUUAGCAUUGCAGUGAUUGCCGGUAGCUGCUUUACUUUGGAAAAGAAGAAAUAUUUUGCAAAGGCAGUAAUUUAGACUUUUGUCGCAGUUUUUUUUCCCGAUGUUAUUAACCCUCCAAGUGUCGACGGCCGAUUAUAUCAAUCAUGAGUUCCGUUCUGUGGUGUCACGGCCAAUUAAUUCAGCUGUAAUUUGAGUUGCUAUUUUUUUAGGUUCAUCCCAUUUUUUAUAUCUCCAAGCAUUUGAACUCUUUCAGGAAUGUGCUCUUUUUCUUGUUUUCCUUUUACCUUCUAAAUAUAAAUAUUAGUUUAUGGCCUUUACUUACUUGGUUUGCCUGUUCUUAAGUAUUCUAAAACAUAAUAUGUGAGGCAGCGUGAGGGAAUCAGGCUCUCGUCAGUUUUUAGGCGUGGAGAGUUAU